AUGAUUGCUGAUGAUUUUGAAUCGGAGUUUUAUGACACUUCCCUCGAUAGAUUUGAGACCUAUGAGUAGUAUUUAGAUGAACAUAUCACCGAAGAAGAUAUGUUUUAUUUGGAGGAUAGAGAAUUGGCACGUUAAUUGCGUGAAUAAAAUAAUCAUAAUGCAAAGGCAGAAAUAUUAACUAGGGAAUAAUUUGAGGCUAAAAAGUAAGCUGUUAAGGAGGCAAGAAGCAAUUAAAAUAAAGAUAAAACUAAGAGCUUAGCUCACACUGAAGUGAAAAAUAAAGCAGCUUUGGAAAAGGAUGAGUUCUUAAAAGCAUUAGCUGACAGAGAAUAAGAUGUAUUAAAUGGAAAAUUGCUUACAAUCAUUUUUAUCAGAUUCUAGUCUAAGCAUUCUGAAAUUAGCGGAUAUAUUGAUUAUGCUCACAGAUUAAAAACUGAAGAUUUUAGACCUUACUUUGAAGGAAAGAAAAAAUUAUUACCUCGCACAACUGACCUCAGUUAUUAUAAUUGGAAAACUAGUAUGUGUGUUAGUAAUGAUUCUCCAAACUUUAAAGUUGAUGCUAACAGCUAGCAACAAGCCCUUCUAUUCAGAAACAAAAGAGAUAGAAAAGUAAUUAAUGUUGAUCCUAAAAAGAAAGAAGAAGACAACACAAAAAGAAUAGAUAAUAUUAAAUCAGACUACUAUAAACAAAUAGUUCUUUAUGACCACUAUACAAGAAGAAAAAAUUGA